AUGUUUACUCGCUUCAAGGGUGGUGAUUAUGAAAGGCGCAUUCUUCUCAAUGUAGAGUUGAUGCCGCAAGAAUUGGAGGCGAUCGAUGAGGUGUAUAAGACGUUGGAGGCGCGGAAAAUCGUUCUGGCUCGUCAGUUGGAACCACGAAUUUUACGGUACCUUUACCACACACGUUUUGAUGUUGGACGAGCUGUGAAGGAGUUGUUGGAAACUGAGAAGUGGCGAUUGGAGUUUUUCAAGAAGCCAAUACGCGAUGCGGAUAUUCUGAGAGAGCUCAAUUCGGGUUUCCUCUAUGUUUCUGGCCGUGAUAAGCAGUAUCGACCCUGUGUUGUGGUGCGACCAAGCUUAUUAGUAAAAGAAAAUAUCUCCAAGGAGAAUGCCAUCCGCACUAGCGUAUUCCUCAUGGAGUUCAUCACACGGUACAUGCUGCUAGCGAGUAAAGUAGAAUCAGUUGUUAUGAUAGUCGACUUUAGCGGUGUCGGUCUGAGCGCUCCAUAUUCUACGGCUUUUGCCCUUUAUAAAGUUCUAGCGUAUCACUACGUAGGCCGUAUGGCAGCCAUUUACAUCGUCAACUUGCCUACAUUCAUGAGAACGAUUGUUGGUAAAUUAGCGCAUAGGUUGAUGACUGAGCGGCAACUGCAGAAGAAUCACAUCGUGACAGAUUUGAAACAACAUCUCGCUAAGUACUUCGACCCUAAUCAGCUGGAGAGGCGCUAUGGUGGUGUUAAACCGAAUAUAGAGCAGCUCUACCCUAUAACACAUUUGAGUUCGAAGUAUAAUGCCAAGGUGAAGAAGGAUGAGUUGUUGAAGCAUUGCCAUGUUUGUCUCGGUCUGCCUACGGUCCGUGGGCAGCUGUGGCGACGAGGACUUCCACAGGAGCCUUUGAGGUUCUCACGAGAGGCGUUACCGCUCUUUGAAGCACUGGGGUUGGGGAGGCCCGAGGUGAUGCUGGUCGGGCGAGAGGACUCCCGGUUGGCUGUAGCAGAGGCUACUGAGGGCCGCGUUGUGCCUGAGGGGACUGUUGAGGAUGUCCGAGUGGAUGAGUUCGAUCAUUUGUUGAGGUCCUCAGAGGGUAGGAGCGGAGGAAUGGAGGAUGAGGUGAAAUUGGCAGAAUUGUAG